AUGGAACAAUCGCGCGAAGUUAAUGAAGUUACAAGUACAAAUUCAAAGAACUCUCCUAGGAUUUACUUACUAAGACAGAUAUUUGUAUGCAGUGGAGUAACUUCCUUCUUUUUCCUAUAUGGUUUAUUUUUCGGUGCCCCGACUGUUUUUAUACCGCAAAUAAGGAAAGAAGCUAAUUCGACUGAAAUUAUUACUAUGGAAAUGAUGUCUUGGUUAACUUCUAUCACCAAUUAUGGAUCUCUACCAUGGACGAUAAUUUUUCCCAUAAUUGCAUUUAAAUAUGGCAGAAAAGUACCGCACAUUAUUUUAUGGAUAAAUACCAUAGUUUGUGUUGCGUUGUUUUAUUUUAGUACGAGUGUAACCGAACUUUUUAUAAGUGGGGUUUUACAAGGAAUGCUUCCAGCCGCACUGGUCUCAAUUUCCAUCAUGGUUCUAACUGAAUACACGUCACCUAAGUAUAGAGGAAUACUAAUUACUUUUAAGGCUGCAACCUUAUAUUGGGGUAUUUGGGUCUCUAACGCUAUUGGCACGUUUUUUCAUUGGAAAAAUAUUGGUAUAUUAAUCUUCAUAUGCUGCGUCUACAAUGUCAGUAUAUUAUUUUGGCCUGAGUCACCUGUUUGGUUAGCGACUAAGGGACGUUUUGAAGAAUGUGCAGAAUGUCAUCGUUGGUUAAAAGGAGAAGACAAAGAUUCCGAGGAAGAACUCAAACAGCUUAUAACUUCUCAAAAAUAUAUUUUAGAACGAAAACAAGAACGUAAAGAAGAAAAAGUUAAAAAUUACAUUACAGUGUUUUUAAGGACGAUUAAAUCUAAAAGGUUUUACAAACCACUUAUGUUCUCAAUACUUACGAUAUGCCUUUAUCAUUUUUCAGGAAAGAUGGCUUGUACAGGAUACAUUGUACAUAUUAUUAAAACAAUAUCAUCAAGUGAGACUACAGCAUAUAUAGGAAUGCUUUUUUUGGAUGGUGUUACUGUAUUUGGGAUGUAUGUUGGCGUUUUCCUUACUAAGUUCCUUAAAAGGCGUACAUUAUUAUUAGGUGCAGCAUCUAUAGGAAUAUUGUUUUUGUUAGUUUUAUCACUGUAUUUAUAUUUAAUACAUUUUAAUGUGAUAUCACAAAAUAAAUAUAUCACUAUAUUCCUUAUAACGGGUUUCUCAGUGAUGAUUAGUUGUGGUCCAAUGAUCAUGUCGACGUGUUUUUGUAGCGAAUUGACACCACUUAAAGGUAGGAGCUUCUUUUUGUGCAUAUUUGGAUUGUCAUGUAAUAUUAUCAUGGGUGCAAAUUUGCAAAUGUUUCCAUUUAUAUUUAAAUAUUUCGAUUCUCAUGGUACAUUUGUCUUUUACGCUUUCAGUUCAUCAAUAUUUUUGUACAUACUAUAUAAAGUUUUACCUGAAACAAAAGAUAAAACCAUGCAAGUAAUAGAAAAAUAUUUUUCGGAUGAUGAAGAUGUUGUAAAUAAAGAAGAAAUUGCCCUCAUUAAUAUAGAAAAAGUACAUUAA